CUGACUCCUUUCAGGCAUUCAGGAUCAUGGCCUAUAAAUUGCUUCAAGCAGCUGUGUGCUCCACCUUGCUAAUAGAAGUAUUGGGAGCACCAUUUUUGAUGGAGGACCCAGCAAACCAGUUUUUACGCCUGAAAAGACACGUGGUACACUUGCCAGAUUUCUGGGACCCAGAUCACCAUGCAGAUGGGACAGGAACAUCACUGGCUGACGAGGUUUGGGAAGCAUGGAGUUCUUUGAAAGCAAGUGCACGCCGCAAUUUUGACAUGGACACAUUGGCCUUUGAUAUAUCUACUGCCCAGUAAAUGGACUUGAGUGUUACAAAGGAAAGAACAAAUAUGGUAGAAGUUAGCACAGUAGUGUGGUAGGCUUGGAGAAACAGGAAGAUCAAAUAUGGCCUUUGCUACAUUGUGUAUUAUGCCCAGUUCAUGGAGACGUUGAAAGGAGCAAUGGUGAAAACCCUUGCAGACACCUGAAUGAAACUGGAAAUUCUCUGUAAAUGCCCACUCUUGAAAAUGAAAAUAAAGACUAAAGUAAAAGUAUCCAAAGAGUGGCAUUUCUGAUAAAUAGGAUGCAAAAUUCAACUAACGUAACAUUUAAUGCCAUUAAAACCUUCUGCUC